CCGGUCUCUCGGCUCCUGGGAAAGUUACCUCAGCUGCUCUGAAGAAGCUGCCGACGCCGAGGAAGGCGAGCCAGCGCGGCUGGGCUGUCUCCCGCUGCUCCGAGGAAAUUAGUUGUGAGAAAAGAUCGAGGGGGAAAUAGGAAGAUAACUGCAAUUCCAGUGGAAGGAAAGGAAGUCAUCACCAGGGCACAAGGUCACUGAAUGCACAUGUUGCUGUAGGUUGCUGGUGUUUCAUCCUCCUGUUCAAGCCUGAUAGCCCCCAUAAAACAAAACUAAGGACAAGCUUGGCCAAUAAAAUAUACAUGGGACGUAUAAAACAUUAAAGGUCAAAAGAAACAUUCCAAGAGCUGAAUAGGAUUAAUUGGAUUGUGCAGCCUGUACAACCAUGGAAGGAGAUUGUUUGAGCUGCAUGAAGUAUCUGAUGUUUGUCUUCAAUUUCUUCAUUUUUCUGGGUGGUACAUCUCUACUGGGAGUUGGAAUAUGGGUCAUAGUGGAUCCCACAGGAUUCCGAGAGAUAGUGGCUAGUAAUCCUCUGCUCUUCACGGGGGCAUACAUCAUGCUGGCGAUGGGAGCAAUGCUCUUCUUGCUGGGGUUCCUUGGCUGCUGUGGAGCCAUCCGCGAGAACAAAUGCCUCCUUCUCUUUUUCUUCAUGUUUAUUUUGCUAAUCUUCCUGGCAGAACUCUCAGCUGCAAUCCUGGCUUUUAUCUUUAGAGAAAAUUUGACCAGAGAGUUUUUUACAAAGGAACUGAAGAAGCACUAUCAAGGCAACAAUGACUCUGACGUCUUCUCUUCCACCUGGAACUCGGUCAUGAUCACAUUUGGCUGCUGUGGUGUCAAUGGUCCAGAAGAUUUUGAAACUGGCCCUCGUCUUCAUCCCCUGUAUUCACACGGUGCAAUUCCUGAAGCUUGUUGCCGACGGGAAGUCCAAUCUCGUAAUGGAGCAUUCAUCAACAAAGAAGAGUGUCUCAGGGGUAAUGAUAUGUAUCAAAACCAACAGGGCUGCUACACUGUGAUACUUAACUCCUUUGAAACGUACGUGUACCUUGCAGGAGCUCUUGCCAUUGGUGUAUUAGCCAUCGAGCUGUUUGCCAUGAUCUUUGCCAUGUGCCUCUUUCGGGGGAUCCAGUAGAAAGCUUUCCAUGACCAGCUGAGCAUUUUCCGACUACACGCUUUGAAGAAAGGAAAGAGAGAAGAUGAACUUUUGUUUUUUGGCUAACAAAGGGGGGGGGAGGACUGUAAUAUAUGAAUGACCAAAAGGAUUGUACUUCAGGGGCUGGAACUUUGAGGUGCUGUGCACUAUGUUGUCAUUUCCCAGGACCGCCAUUCAUCAGAAGCCACACACACUGGGUUGCACUAGGGGCCUACGAGACAGGAAGGGAGUGAGUUCUGGUGGUCUCCAUGAAGCAGGAUGCUGCGUGGGACUCACAUCUUUAACAUGAUUGUGCUACAUCAAUUGGUGAGAAAGUGAAGGAUGCCCUCCCCCCAAAUAUAAGUAGGAUCUGGAUUCAGCAUCCAAAGGGAACUGCUCAGCCAAAGCAUUGUGACGGACACAGGUCAGGCCAGUUUUAAACAACAGUCCUCAGUCAAGAUGGGCAGAAAACUAUCACCUGAAAUAUCAAGAUACUUCAAGCUUUCUUGUGUCGUGAGGAAUUGAUAAAUUCCUUCACCUGGAAACAUAUAGGAGGAGCUGAGCCUGCUGUGUUGGACAAUAGCAGAAGAGGCAUCCUUUUCAAGUCCAGGAGGAGGAUGGAAUGAAAUCAGAAACUUAGUGCAUACCUUUUCUUUGUCAUAAUGUAUUUUCUGUUCAGUAUUCUGUGAGGGGGGGGAGACAAAGGCAGUUCUACAGCAGACUCCCUCACCAUUGUUUAAUUAAAAAAAAAUGUUCUCAUCUGUAAUUGUUGGUGCUGUCUCCCUUAAGGAGAAAUAAUUAUUUGUUUUGUUUUUAAAGCUUUUGAAUGUUUUGUCACCACCAUGUUACGUGCAAAUUAUGUUGCCUAGUUUGGCCUUUUGUAGCAACUGAUUAGCUUGUUGUCUUCAUGUUUCAGUGUGUGCCUUUCAGCUGUGUGGGAAAAAAAUAUAUCUUCCCAAACGGCAAUGAAAGCAGUGAGAAACCUU